GAAAUAUUCCUUGCCUGGAACACAAGCUAGUUUCAUGCCAGGGUCCACCCCUAACCCGAGCGCAUUGACUCCAUAUUUUGCAGCGCCAUGGCGACACGCCUAUUUAAACAUCAUCUUGUAGAUGUUUUUACGAGCCUCUCGUCAUUCGAAGCUUUUCCCGACAAUUAUACAGACCGAGCUAAAACCUGCUAUACACAACCAUCUCAAAGCGGACCGGAAAAGGAAAAUGGCACGAGCCCUAUCGAAAGAGGAGAUCCAAGUCUUCAAGGAUCUCUUCGACUCCUAUGAUACCGACAAGGGCGGCAACAUCACUGCCGAGGAGUUUGCGAAAGUGAUGUCUCAGAGCCCGGGCAAGCAGCCAACGAAGGAAGAGGUCGAGCAGAUCAUUAAGGACGUUGACCUCGACGGCGACGGAACCAUCAACUUCAAUGAGUUUAUCACCAUGAUGACUGGCCAGCCAUACCCGCCGCAAGACGAAGACGAGGACUAUGCCCGCGCGUGGAAGAAGUACGAGCCGUCCCUCAACGGGUCGAUCACGCAGAGCCAGUUCCGGCAACUGGUGGCGGAUCUCGGGGACUCGGUCACCGAUGUGGAGGUUGAGAAGCUGGUGAACAGUGUGGAUGGCGAAGGGAAAAUCAGCUACAAGGAGUUCUUGAACUUUAUCCGUAACAGGAACGUCGAGGAUGACAUCCUCAGCGGGUAUCAAUGAGGAACUCGAGGUAAUACUUUGUGAUAAUAAUAGGAAGAGUGACUGGUAUCUUCCACAAUGGCCUCGAAUUAAUUGAAUUACUCAAACACGCAAAUAAUUAUGCCACUGGUGACGCCGGAACUUUUCCAUUCCAUCAAUUUAAGACUGGGAAAGCUCGCACUUCGUCUUCAAAUACCGGGAUCUCUUCUGAGGAUAAUAGCGUGGGUUUGUGCUAGACUGUGUCGACUCCCGCAAAAUCAGCAGAGCUACCCGGACGGGGACCGUGAUUCCUGGAGUCUAUUAUUCCGCGAGGCAGAGGACAAGGUUCACGAGUUGGUCUUACUGUUGUAAGAGAUUGUUUAUGCAAAUUGAAUAGCCUGGUAUUGGCAUUACUGAGUAAUAUGUGGGUUACGGCAGUCCUAGGUAGACUCUAUAGGAGAAUCGUAAAUACGAC